GUUAUAGAGCGCCUGCCAGAUGCGCGUCGAACCGUGCCGAGCCGAACCACGUCCCCGCUGUGACAUGUUUAUGAUGCGUGCGUGACACGAGGAUGUCCCGCCGCGGCGCUCCGAGCCCGUGAAGGAAGGAACCCGAACCAGAACGCAGCGAGUCGGGUCAGGGAUGGACGACACGGCGGAGACCGAACCGGUGGACCUCCGCUGCUCCGAACAGCCCGAGCUGCUCUCAUUAAUAAUCAGCGGGGAGGAGGAGGCGACGCAGGAGGGGAGCGACCUGGGAGAAGGGGACAAUCUUGCCAAUGGCCACAGUGGGGGGAAACCCCAAGCAGGUAUGGUCACACCUGUCAGAUCGCCGGGCACCAGCUACUGGAGCAUCACCGAGGGCCCCGACCACCCGCUUCUCCUUUCCCCAGCUCCGGGGCCCUCGGGACGCAAACCCAAGGUCCAGAGAGCGUCGCGUCCAGGCCUGAGCCGCAUUCCUGGCCGUGAUCAUCGGCGCUACUACCACGAGUACUGGCGCAGCGAGUACCUGAUGGACUUUGACCCCCAGAGACAUGGCAUGAUCUGCAUGGUGUGUGGCAGCUCACUCGCCACCCUGAAGCUCAGCACCAUCAAGAGGCACAUCAGGCAGAAGCACCCGGACUCGCUGCUGUGGAGCACCGCUGACAAGGAGGUGAUUCGUUCUGGAUGGGAGAGCCACCUGAGCCUCGGGGGUCAGACAUACACACCUGGAUCUGCACCAUCACUUCAGGCAGAGGAUGACUCGCUGCACUUUGGUCAACAUAUUGCAGCAGACUAUUCAGAUCCCGUUAUGCCUCUGGAGCAGCCCCAGCUACCUUUGUCUCCACGCUCUGUGGACGGCGAGAUGCUCCAACGUGGAGAGGAGGAGCAGGAACCUCCCGGACCGUCGGCGCUGACGUUGGAGCGCUACCUGAACGACUCGCUGCACGCCUGGUUCCGCCAGGAGUUCCUGAUGGAGUAUGAGGCGGAGGCGGGCCGCCUGCUCUGCAUGGUGUGCGGGACAGAGCUGCCCUCGCUCCACUUGGAUCACAUCAAGAACCACGUGCUGGACUCCCACCCCAACUCCCUGGUGUUCAGCUCCGAGGAGAAGCACUGCAUCCUGCAGGCCUGGGCUCAGGCUCACGAUGAGGCAGAAAACCCAAUCAAAUCAGAGUCCACCACCAAAGAGAAGGAGUCUGAGCUUUUUGCUGAAGAUGUGGAGCGCAUGCAGCUGACUGCCGACGUGUACCCAGACGGCGACGGCACUUUAACUCAGGGCGUCUGUCUGAUUGGUGAGGACGGAGGUGUCGGUCUUCCUCAGCAGGGCUCCCAGCCUGUCCGCCAGCACCGCAGGAGGAGGCUGCGUGGGGGGGACCCGUGGCGGCUCCGCCUCGAUUAUCUGGUAGCCUACGGGCCUCAGGACCAGGGUACGUUCUGCAUGGUGUGUUCUCAGGUCCUGAAUGAAACCAAGGUCAGCGGCUUCCGCCGCCACAUCCAGGAAUGCCACCCUGAGACCACGACCCUGAGCCGACAAGAACGGGAGGCCAUGGCUGCUGCCUGGACCAAAGACCCUUCUACUGAUGGCACACGCACACAAGAUGAAAUCCACCCUUGUGAUGACGUCAUCCUUGAUGCUACAGGAAACCCAAACCAGGAAGCGUCCCCCGAUACCAAAACUCCCAUCAAGACAGGAACACAAGAUGAGGGUGCGAGUGGAGGGCAGGGCAGAGCGAAGGACGCCGGCACUGUGGCCACCCCCCUGCGUCAGAACCACUACCCCGGGAAAGACCAGAGGCGGAACUACCAGGCGCGCUGGCGGCUAGACUACCUGAUGGAGUACGACUGCAGGAGGCACGGUUUGAUCUGCAUGGUGUGUGGAGCCACUCUGGCCACUCUGAAGGUCAGCACCAUCAAGAGACACAUCCAGCAGGUGCACCCCCACUCCCUGCUCUACGGUGCAGAGGAGAAGCAGCGAGCCCUGCAGAGCUACAAGCAGACUGCGCUGCAGCCGCUCCCCUCUGAAAACUGUCCGUCCUCCCAGGACCCCGGGGAUCCUGCUCCAGCACAAGUCGGCACUUAGACAAGACCUCUGCUCAGAAACAGCCCUUUAAUUCUGCUCCCGAAAAGGAAAUCCAGGCGUUUGUCUCACAACGUUCAUGUUUGCUCAACAUUUAUUUAUACUUAAUUUUCCCAAACGCCAAAAGUCCAAAACUGAAAAAUGAACGUAAGACCCAGAAUGUAUCAAAUGUACCGUUUGAAUCCCGUUCAUUUUCUAAUUUCUAUUAUUUUGUUCCUUGUGAAGGACACAAGGUCAAAUGAGAGCAUGUCAAACCUAAAAAAAAAUCUAACCAAAAGGUCCAGGCACUCAUUUGAUUGACAGCGUAUUAAAGCUGUUAUAAAUUAAAUACAAAAAGAGCUGAGGGACGGGGCAAUCAUUAAAAUUUUUUUGUUAAAAAAUCCACGUGAAUGUCAUAUAUUUACGUAAAAAACUUUUAUAUCGUCAUGAUGGAAAGGCCUACAUUUGAUAAAAAAUAGAUAAAAGUAAGUCCACAUUCUGCA